CGGUGGGGGGGAGUGCUGCUGGCACUUCCAUUGCUUGACACGCCGCCCCGACCCGCAACGAUGACGUUUGCGCACCUCCUCCCGCCCACGUGGAAGAAGAACGUCCAGCUGUGGCUGGAAGACGAUAUCCCGUCGUACGAUGUCGGCGGGUUCGUCGUGGGUGGUAUGUUGCUGUCGUCUCACUCGAGGAGCGUGGUGCUUGUACAUCCUCCGACGAGGAGUGCAGCUGCCUCCGAUGCAUUGCUGACCCCGCGACUGUGCAUCGCGUUGUAGAGUCGAAUCAAAUCGCGUACUUGCUCGGUAAAUCCCACGGGGUGCUGGCGGGUGUCCCCUUCUUCACAGCGGUGUUUGAAGCGGUCGACUGUGUCGUGGAGUGGCAGCUUCCCGAAGGCGCUAUGAUCGACCCAUCCACCGUGGCCUCGGGCAAAGUUGUCGUCGCCAAGGUGACGGGAAAGUGCCGCAACAUUCUCCUUGGCGAACGCACGGCACUCAACAUUUUGACGCGCGCCAGUGGCAUUGCGACGCAGGCAGCCGCCGCCGUCAAGGUCGCCCGUAGUUUGGGCUGGCACGGUCAUGUCGCUGGCACGCGCAAGACAACACCAGGGUUCCGCGUCGUUGAAAAGUACGCGUUGCUCGUGGCCGGCGCUAGCACCCAUCGCAACGAUCUGUCUCAAAUGGUCAUGCUUAAAGACAAUCACGUAUGGGCGUCGGGCAGCAUCACGAACGCGGUCAAAAGGGCCAAGACGGCGGCGGGUUUCUCGAUGAAGAUUGAAGUCGAGUGCCGCAAGCUCGAGGAAGCUGUCGAGGCGGCCACCGCAGGCGCCGACAUCGUCAUGCUCGACAACUUUGAGCCGCCGCAGCUCAAGCAAGUCGCGGCGACGCUCAAGCAACAGUUCCCCCACCUCCUCAUCGAAGCCAGCGGGGGCAUCACGAUCGACUCGAUGGGCGACUUUGUGUCGCCGCACGUCGACAUCAUCAGCCAAGGCAAACUCACCCAAGGCUAUGGCGCUGUGGACUUUUCGCUGAAGAUUCAAAAAUGCGAAGGCAUCGUGGCGGCCGAGUAAACCAGAAUACAUGGGUCGAACGUUGAGAUGCGAGUGUGCGCGGCCGCUGCAGGUCGUCGUCGGCGCUGACAGCACCGCUUUCGUUGCAG